AUGCCUUCCAAACACGUGAAUUUCAAUGAUGGCAGCAACUCGACCAAAGAGUUUGAAAAAGCUUCCGAGCAAGAAAAGGGUAACCUAUGGUAUUCAAAGGAAGAAAAGGAUCUGAAUCGCAAGCAAAUGCAGGCCGAAGCUAUGAUUGAACACGGCAAGGCACUUGUGACCAAGACUGUGUUGGAAAUGGAUGAAUAUCAAGGGAAAACAGUAGACAGCGAAGAAGUAAAAGCAGCAGUCGACGAAGUUUUGGCAAAAGGAGUGGAUGGUGUCAUUGACUUUUUGGCAAAGAAUGGAAAAGGUGUACCACCUCCAACUUUUACUAGAAGAGGACCACCAGCUGCCGCCUCGGAUGGUGGUUCUCCUACCAAGUUUUCGGUGGAAGAGAAUGAGGCUGCUGAUGAGGAAGCCAGACAACAAGUCCGCGACUUGGUCAAGCACCAAAUUGUUGUCUUGAUGCAAUCCGGUCGUGUGGAUGGUUCCUCUGUCUCAGCGGAAGACUUGGAAAAGAAGGCGGACGAGAUUAUGUUGUUGCCUCGCAUGGAAAUUUUGAGGUUUUUGGAAGAAAAGCCCGUCCUUCCCGCUUCGAAAAGUGCAGCGAAACCACCCGUGCCGUACAAUUGGAUCAAUGAUGGCAAACAUGCUUGGGACGACCUGCCUGCUCCGAUUCAAAAUGCCGCCAAGACAUUGGGAUACGAUGAAGAGAGUUGGACUGCACAGAAACAGCCAGAAAAAAGUGACAAGGUCUGGGAAGACUUGACCGACGCACAGCAAGAGGCAGCCAUUCGUCUUGGAUUCAAUCCAUACUCGUGGGAUGGAAUUGAACCAUCGGAACAUGAAGAAAGCGAGCGUCACGUGGACGAUUCAGACAGCAGCAGUGACAGCGAUACGGAAGGAGAAGCCUCGGAAUCCAAUCCAGAAGAAGCCAUGAGGAGCGCCGCCCGCGAUUUGGUCAAGCAAAAGUUGUUGGAAGCCGAAGCUUUCAACGAGGACAAUGUUGAUUCUACCGUGGACACCGUCAUGGAAUUGCCAAGACCCCAAAUUAUGGCAUUUUUGCAACAUCCACUCCCGGAACACUGGACGAAGCCCCAGCACCAGGAUGAUACCGAAAGGACUGACGACUCUGAAGUUGGUGGCAGAGAUAGUAUGGUGUUCUCCACCUUUGUGCUCGCCAAAGACGAUGACGAUGACAAGCCCAUGGAAGAUGAUUCUUCCUCGGAUGAGGAAGAAGAACCUCAAAAGCCAUUAGCUCCGAUCAGCCAACCAAAGGAGGAAGAAGUCGUAGACGAAUUCCUUGCCAACUUUUUGUCUGAUGACGAAGAUGACCUUGACGACGACAAGGAGAAUGCUGCACAUGUCAACAAUGAGACUACUCCAUUGAUACCAGGUGGAAGCAGAAGCCUUCCUCGUGGUGACGACUAUGAUGAUCCCAAGAAGCCUUCAUCUUCCACAGUGGUGAUACUGGUUGUUGGUUUGGGUAUCGCCGUGGUUGGCUGGUUGGCGUACAAAAAGAUGAGAUAG